CUCGUCGGUGUGACUGUGGAGCAGAACGUGUGCGGCGGUAAUGGCUGCCAGGGAGAGUGAGGAAGACAACAAAUGAACCCUGAGAAGCGAUUCAAAGUGAGGACUAGGAUGGUAAGCAGUCAGCCGAAGUACGAGCUGAUCCAGGAGGUGGGGCGUGGCAGUUACGGCGUGGUGUAUGAAGCAGUUGUGAAGCGCACAGGAGCACGGGUGGCAGUGAAGAAGAUCCGCUGCCACUCUCCAGAGAAUGUGGAGCUGGCCCUGCGGGAGUUCUGGGCCCUGAGCAGCAUCCAGAGUCAGCACCCAAAUGUCAUCCACCUGGAGGAGUGUAUUCUGCAGCGGGAUCAGCUGGCCCAGAGGAUGAGCCAUGGUUCCAGUUCCCCGCUCUAUCUUGAGCUGGUGGAGACAUCUCUGAAGGGUGAGAUCACCUUCGACCCAUGCUGUGCCUACUACUUGUGGUUCGUCAUGGACUUCUGUGAUGGAGGCGACAUGAACGCCUACCUGCUGUCCCGUAAGCCCAGCCGCAAGACCAACACCAGCUUCAUGCUGCAGCUGGGCAGCGCCCUGGCCUUCCUGCACCGUAACCAGAUCAUUCACCGUGACCUCAAACCAGACAACAUCCUCAUCUCCCAGGCUUGUACGCCAGCCGGCUCAUCUGAGCCCACUCUCAAAGUAGCCGACUUCGGCUUAAGCAAGGUCUGCUCAACUUCUGGUCUCAACUCCGAGGAACCGGCCAGCGUUAACAAGUGCUUCCUGUCCACAGCUUGUGGGACAGACUUCUACAUGGCCCCGGAGGUCUGGGAAGGCCACUACACGGCCAAGGCAGAUAUAUUCGCCCUGGGGGUGAUAAUCUGGGCCAUGGUUGAGCGCAUCACUUUUGUUGAUGUGGAGACUCAGAAGGAGCUGCUGGGAAGCUACGUGCAGCAGGGCUCAGAGAUUGUACCAUUAGGGGAGGCCCUGUUAGAAAACCCAAAGAUGGAGCUGCUGAUCCCCGCCAGGAAAAAGAGCAUGAACAGCCACAUGAAGCAGCUGAUCAGGGAGAUGCUGUCGGCCAACCCUCAGGAACGGCCUGACGCCUUUGAACUGGAGCUCAGACUGGUCCGUAUCGCUUGCAGAGAGCUGGACUGGGACACGUGAUGGAUGAGCAAGCAGCACCACAGACUCAGCCCAUCAAGCACAUGUACACAUCUCAUUAGCUACUGUUAUCCCAGAGGGUCACAUAAUGGGGGAUUAUUGUUUUUAACUAGGGAACAAUAACUAGAAUAGUCAUUGUUUGUAUUGUGGCUUAGACUUCAUCCACUGUCCAAGCACAUAUGGUCUUCUACUUGCUGUGCUCUUUAUAUUGAAGGGGAGAGAUGUGACACCCACCACUGCUGCUGCUCCGAACUGCAGUUUAGUCUCAGGCUAAUCACAUCACAGCUUCCACUUCCUCCAUACACAAUCACUCGAGCGUGAUGGAAGAGCAAAAAGACCACAAAAGUCCUGCAUUCAAUUAGAAGGGAAAGUCAGAGUGACAGCCAAACAACUUGUCUCCAAAUACCAUCUUGAACUCGGUGCUAAUUGUUACUAAAUGCAAUAUGAGACAUUAUCCUGUGAUUUCUACUGCAUACAUUUAUCCAAAGGGCCAAUAUUAAAACCCAGUCACCUCAGUGUGUGGAAUGUUUUGUGGCUUUGGCAGAACCUGAUGCAAAAACUCAUUUCAGCCUGGUCUUUACCACCAGCAUUAAUAUUUACAAUAUUUGCAUCAAGAUUUGAAUCUAUUUUGGCAUAAAUUGCAGAUAUGCCCUGAAUGCUCAGGUAAUAAAAACAGCAUGAUGGUAUUUGUAGACAAGUGUCUACUGUCAAGGUCUAUUUUGCUCUGUUGUCUUAAAGAAGGAAUAAUACCAAACUUUGGUGCUUGAAGGUAACUUUUUUUUCUCCCCCCCCCCUCUUGUCCAGCUUUAUUUGCUGUGUAGUGGAGGGGAUUUUUAUCAGCACAUGUCCAGCCAGCAGGUUCUUGUGGUCGUUAUUAUCCACUCUCUGUUUACUGCAAAUUUCAAGAUAAUUCGAAUGGUCCCAGAGAAACCCCUAACCAGUUGACCAGAAUGUAUAGCGAUCAAGAGCGGUAACUUAUUUAUAUAGAGCCUUAAACACAAAACACUUAAUUUUACCAACCUCACAGUCAGUAAGGCAGAGAGGCUAAAAGGUCAUUCAGGUUUAUUACAAGUUGGUUUUCAUUUUCAUAGUUGUCACUGUGUUCGUCAAAGCCCCUUUCAGACAUGGACACGUAACAUUUCUGCGUCAAAUCCUAACGUGAGUCCAAACAAGGGGAAAUUUUACAUCAAUGUGCCUUCUGGCUGUAUUCAGACCUGACAGAUUGUUACAGAAGGAGCAUCUAACACCCAAGACUAGACAAUACAGAUAGUUAGAUACACUGUAUGAGACCCUUACAGUGUAGUAAUACUUCCUGGUUAUCCUGAUUGGCCUUGGUAUGACAGACAGCUAGGAAAAUGUCAUUAUAUCAUGAUGGGUGCAAGCCUCCCUAUCAGUGUUAGGGAUGGAACUAACAAAUACUUUCAUUUUUGAUUAAGCUAUUGAUUUUUCUCUCAAAUCAGUGAUUCGUUUUUGAUAUAUAUAAUUUCUGAAGAUCCUGAUAAACAUUACUAUUUCUCACAGCCCAGGAUGAUAUCCUCCAAUUUCUUGUCCACAUUCCAGACAUGUUCUAUUUCCAGUUGUAGUGAAGGAAAGAAACACAAUAAUACUUAAAUCAGUUAAUCCAUUAUCCAAAUAACUGAUCAAUUUAAUAGUUGACAACUUAUCAGUGAAUUACUGCAGCUCUUCUAAGUGUGACUGCACUAAUUCAGACUGGUUUCAUGUUGAAAGGGAUAUGACAAUGUUACUAGGUUUUAUCUAGUAUGGGUGCCCAGUAGGGUAGGACCCAAAUAUCGGAAUAUUCGGUCAUUGUGGUGGUAUCUGAAUGGUAAUUUUGAGAUCCAAAUACUUGGAUCUCUUUCCCCGAAUAAUUGGACCCGAAUAUCCGGAGCCCAGAAAUUGCUAUUCGGAUCAGCCCUAGUGCCCAGUGCAGGGUGUUUAUACUGAUCUGAGAUUAGCAAGGUUUGUAGUGGUAGCAGUGGCAGAUUUACCACUCUGUUUGGCAUUUCAUUUCAAACAAAACACACAAAACCAGCUUUGGAUUUUUAGCAUGUAUUCUUCAGUUAUGCAGGCUAAAAUGAUAGCUGUCACAGUGUCUGCUGUGCGGGUUUAGUGUUCUCAGGUUUCAGCGAUUAUUGUGGUGACACUGCGUUAUCAUAUCCAGUAGAAAAACUAUUACUCACAAACUAUGAAAAUGCAACUGAAGUUGUAAUAAAUCUGAAUGAUCCUAUAAUAAGAAAAUCCAAUCAAGCGAGCGCACUACAACAAAGCAGUCUGGGACUUUGUGGAGUGACUCCCUCACACGCGGCAAACAAAUCUACUCUUCAGAGAAAUCCCUGAGUUGCUUAAAAAUCUAUUUAAUUAUGUGAAGUUGGAGCUGCUGGUCUUAUAAGAGCAGUGGCAUGAAUAUUCACACGCGAGUCCGUUCAGACCUGAAUGUGUAAAAGGGGAGAGGAAUUCAGUGAAAGCACUUUUAUUUAGUUGUUUGUAUUUAUUCCUCCCAACUACCUACUGCAUUAUAUGUUGAAGCUCUGUGAGGCUGAAUUGGGUGCGAUAACCGUGUUGGUAUUUGUUUACCAGGCUGAGCACAAUGUCAGCCAGCGGUCCUUACUUAUGCAUGCAGUACCUCUCACCUUCAGGGAAGAAGUGAGAGAAGACAUCAGCACACGCCAUCCUCUACGAGCCAGAGGAACUCUGCUUUUGCUGUUUUCUUUGACACAUAAUACUGUUGUGUUUAACUUGAUCUCCUCUCACUGUGUCACUGCUCCUCGUUUCCUUUGGCUCUGGAUCUUACAGUAAUCCCUUUCUUCAUGCUUCCAACAGGCUAAUUCUAAGCCUAUUAAGUUGUUGCAGCACUUGGCAGAGGAUCAUGCUCGGGACCCCUUUUGCCUUUCAGGUCAUACAUAAUGUGUGCACUUUUACAAAUUUUUACAAGAACCCAAUAAAAACCAAACAAUCUUGGCUGCUUCUCUGCUCUCAGACUGGCAGAAAAUCAAAUUUCGCUUGACUUGUUGCCAACAUUUAUCUGCGAGAUGGCCUUUAAUUCCCCCUGUAGCUGUAAUAGUUUGAUUUCCUGUCAUAAUGCAAUUGAGAUUUGCCUUUAUUUUUCUUUUUUGACACUAGAGUGGCCUCACUGAUAUUGCACUCAAACACAGAAUUGGCAGAAGCUGUGGUUGAGCUGCACAGCAUUUGAUGAACCCGCUGUGCUUUGGUAGGAAUAGCAAUACCACAAAAUCAGUAUUAUGACGUCUGUCUUCACUGCAGGACUUCUCGCGCUGCUUCGGACAAUGUUGCUUCAAGAAUGUCGUUGCUUUCUGUACACGAGCAGCAAAGUUUGGACUCAAAGUAGGUCACCCAUAUCCUCGGAGCUCUACGCAGAGCAGAGGAUGAUGGGUAGAGUCAUUUCCGGCCAGAGCUCUUGCUUCUACCCUUCUAGACAAGAGGGAGAGGAGGAGGAGGAGGAAGGCACUUGGCUUCCUGUGAGGUUUGAGACGUUUGCCAAACAAAUGGUAGGUUAGGAGUAUAGAGAUUUCACUCUCUGAUUUGUUGUAUUAAAUUCCUUUGCACAUGUGUAAAUACUGUAUAGGAUCAACAGGGGACAAACAAGGCUGAUGUACAUUUGACUGGAUGUGCUCUGUUUUCAAGAGCCUGAUUGUUUGACAUGUAAAUUGCUGUGAUGGCUUUAGUUUUUUCAGCUCUCGAUUCAGCAUCAGUUUCCUUCAGUCACUGAAAAGAUGUGAUAUACUUACAGGCUAAUACAGUUGGUGUGCUAGUGAUAAUUGUAUGUUUGUCAUUGGCCUGUUGUUUGUGAUUUUGUGUAAGCAAAAGCUGGUAUACAACGUGGGUCAACUCCAAUUUGUCUGGUAGCAGAGCUAUCUGAAAAUGGAACAGUUUCCUAUGGAAUAUUUGGUCAUCAGUCAAAUUCACCACUUCACACAGCCCUGAUUCAGCACCAUCAUAUAAUGUACCAGUGUAAUACUUUGUUUUCUCCUGGAACUCGGGCAUGUCAGUCACUGAGUUGCGCCUGAAAACCAGAUGGUGGCAAAUUUCAAAAACAAAAAAACAUAAGUGUGCUCAGUGCUGCCAGCAAAUAAGUCACGGUAUGCCAUUUCCAUACAAGUACUCUGCCCAUCAUAGGAUAUAGAUGGUAAAGAUAAUAAAGGUUUCUAUGUUAGUAACUAGAAAGCAUUCACCUACAACAUGCAUGUCACAAUGGAGGUAAGGUUAGAGUUUGCUGUGUUUUUCAGUCAUCUAUGUCUUGUAUCUGACAGAACAGAUAAGCUGCUAUUUUAAUCAAACCAACUGUCUGCUCGUGCUUUACUUGCGCAAUACACCCAUUAAUGUAUAAUAUGUAAUAAUGUGUAGAAAGUUAUUGUCAUAUGGAACUACAGACAUCAGGUGUUGGUCUCGGUGUACUUCCAAAACGUUGAUGAGCUGUAGCUCAGUACUGCUCCUGAACGCCUCCAAUGUACCGCUUGUUAAGUCUGUCUCCUUAACAUUCACUGGCCUGAAUAUAGGCUGAGUGAAAAUUCUGCUGCUGUUUUUAAAUGGUGUCACUCCAUACUAAAUCAGAUUUGACAGAUUUGCAUCAUUUGAAAGCCCACAGACUCAUGUUGUAACCCAUUUUAAGCUACCAGUUUUGCAGCAACUUUGUUACAGCAAAACACUAGUGUUUUUUUUGUUUGUUUUUUAACUUCUGGCAUUUUAGACACAAAAUGCUUCCCAACUUUUAGUAUUUUUUUUAUUUUUUUUUUUAAAGAAAAGGAUGAUUGUUAACAUUUGGCAUAUACAAGUUCUUGUGAUUAGGAUGUCUCCAGUAUGACACACUUUUUAAAGUGUGUGUAACAUAGAAUAAGUAUAUUCAUGUAAUCAAUCCAAAUAUGUAUUACAGACUGGUGUCAGAUUAAAGGAAAACCCUAAACCCUUGCUCUGUACAGUGACGGCAGCUCGUGGCUCUGUUACGCUGUGGGGGACAUUUUGCUGACAUGGUUCCCUUCGAGAUAAGAGCCAGUGCUCAUUUGUACAAAAUAGUUCUGAGUGAUCACCGUCACCUACGAUGAGACAUUUCCAUCCUGACGGGAGUGGUCUCUUUCAGGCACAAGGGGUCACUGAUUGGUCAAAACACCAAAUGAGGGAAUACCUUUGGUUUGAUCAAUCAAUUCCAAGGAGCACUGAAGCUGAUGUGGUGGCCCAUCACCUUAUUAAGACACUUCAUGUUGGUUUUUCCUUUCAUUUGUCAGCUGUCUGUAUAUACACUUAAUUUCUGCUUGUAGUGGAUACAAUUGCACCACAAUGCGUUGCUCAGAGGAAAUGGAGGAGCUACUCGGAGCUAUAACACAUUAGAAUCAGUAGCCUGAAACAUUUUACACAAUAACUGUAUUACUUCUUCGGAAUGUAAGUGCGAGUCUAAUGCAGCAAAAAGACAUGGCUUUGAGACAUGGUUCAUGUAUAAUAUGGUGGUGCAUUUUGAUAUGUUACACUAACUGGCAUUUGACCAGUUUGUUUUGUAGUAGCUGUAAUGGAAGAGCUGUUUCUUGCUGUGGCAUAAAUCAUUGUUUUCACUUGCUAGACAUUCAGUUUGUCUUUUUAACCAGUCUUCUUUCUCAAAGCCAGUUUUAUGCGCUGCUCAGUGACUGAAAUGUUGGUACUGUGGGUCCUGGAUCAGGGCUACACUUCACAUGUCCUGUGUCAGAUGAAGAACACAUUUGGAAUCAUGUCGAAUAACACAUCUGAGCUCACAGCCAGGCAAACUUCUGCUCUCACACUUUUAUAUGAACAAUUUUUGCUCUGUCAUUGUACGAUAUUUUGAAGAGAUUAAAUGAAGUUUAUCAGACGUGGAGUGAACACCUGUCAAUCACUGUUGAAUUGAUGGAAUUUUAAUAAAAUAUUUUGAAAAA